AUGGCGGCACAUAACGAUCAUCUCUCGAUGGAUGCGCAGCCACAACUACCUGAAUCUUCCGCUCAAAACGAGCCGUCCACCUCCUCUCCACCACAGUACAACCCUUUUCGUCGUGCUUAUGGCAGCUUUUCAGGUGGUGCCGUACUCGCUCGUCUCACCAGCUCCACUUCUUUACGCGUACACCAUCCUAACACAACCAACAGCAGCAGCAUAGACUCGAACACACAACCAAGACCUUCUAUCGGCCAUCGCAUCUCUUCUCGCUCUCGCAAGUCUGCCGAGGCAGCCCAUCUCGCAGAGCUCAGCAAGCCUAAUGGCAAGUUUCAGAGUGGAAUCAAGUGGCAUUCGCAACAAACACCCGAACCUUGGAUGGAGGCAAGUCAUUCAACAGCAUUGACAGCCGAGCAGAGGGAGUUGGGCAAGGAGUUGCAAGAGCAAGCUGCAUUGGCGAGUGGUAGUACAGCUGCUGCACAAGCUCAUGCCAAUGCGAGCGGACUAGGAACUCCCAUCUUUGGAAAUGCGAACAAGGGCGCAGAUUCCAGCAGAUCCGGAUCGCCAAAGAGUCUAGAUGCUCGCCUGCCGACAGUCUCACAAACCAUCUCGGCCAUCCGAAGCAGUGGCAUUCAUCCCGAGAUUCUCGCUGGGAUCAGCUCGUCCAACACAAGCACGAUGCAAUCCGACUCGCCCAAGCCGGUGGAGUCUACCGUUGAACCGAGUGGUAUGACAAGUUCAGAGGAGGCUAUCCUCAGUGGUGGCGAUGGUGCUACACCCUCUUUGACACCACCGCCAGCCAAGAGCAGGGAGCCUUCUCAGUCCGAGCAAGGCGGUAUCACGGGCGACAACCACAUGGUCGCACGCGCAGCUCAACUCGUACUCGAGGCAGCAAGACAGCAGGCACGCGUCGAGACAAGGAGGAAAGGCAAGUCAGCUCCUGCUUCGCCUAAACGUAUCGGUGCCAGCCUCUCCCCCAUUUCCACAAGCACCGCCGCGGACCAACCUGCCGCACAGCAAGCACCAACGGCAGAGACGACAGAUCAGCUUGAACGCACCCCUUCCCAACGAGCACGCUCCAAGUCGGAUGCCGGUGACGAAACGCAGGUCAAGCGCAGGAAGAGUUUUCUUCGUUCCAUGAGCUCACGUUCGCGUCGCAACAAGAGUGAUGCCAACGGCAACGCAUCCGAAGACGGGUCGGAAACGCCCACUCCUUCCUCCAACAGUCCCGCUAAUGCUUCUGGCACGAGCUCGGGCACUGUCACUCCCGGUGGUAGGAGAAGGAGAUAUGUCGACACCCGAGACUUGGACUUGUUGGCCAGAGAGCUCGCCGCAGAAGCGAUCGCCGAGCAGAUUCCUCAGCCUCCCUUUGCACGCCCUCCAAGUGGCAGUUCAUCGCCCCUUCGAUCCAAAGCUGGUGUGGCGGCCUACAACGACCCUCGUCGACGAUCUUUCCCAAGCAUUCUUGAGGACGCACCGCUGCAAGAUGAUGGCAUCACUCUCGCUCCAACGAUUAGCGGUAAUGGGUUGAAGCAAAUGACUCCGCUGCAUGAUGGACUAUCCAAUGGGCGCACGCGACGGGCCGACAUGGCAGCUGUCGGAUCGUCUGGCUUGCCUGCCGAUCCGACCAACGGCAUGGUUCCAAAAGAGAUGUUUUUGGGUUUGGGCGGCUCGCCCUAUCCCAGCAUCUCUCCUCCUGCUCCAGCGAUGCGAGCCUCCGGCAACGCUCUGGACACCAUGGACCCAUUUGGCAUCCCGAUCACACAGCAACCUUCACCGUUCGACGCAACCAUGGCAUACGCAAACAAGACGCACGUCUACCACACUCCGAACCAGGUCGCUGUCUCUCGCAGCCUUUCUGGAGCAUCCACAUGGAGUGCCUCCCAGACCUCGCCCAAUGGUAGCACCAAGCAUCGCCGCCCCGUGUUGACCAUGACCAUGAACGAUCCCCAGGCCGAGUUGCAGGGUCUCACCAAGCCACCCAAAGAGCCCAAGAAGUUGACUCCGUUCGGUAGCAGGGCAAGUAGUCGGGCGCCUAGUCCCAGUCCCUCAUUCACCAACCUCAAGAAGGAAGCUGCUCGACAGGAGGUGCAGGCUGAGGGUGGCAAGGUGGCAGACGAGGCGAAGGAGGAGAAGGAUGCACUCAAGGUCGAGGCAGAGGAUGUCAAGGCGAGCAGUAGGAGGAACUCUCUCGCUGCAUCUGAGACUAGCGUUCGGCCAGGGCUGGCUUCGGUCAAGUCAAGCAAGAAGAAUCGUCUCUCGACCAUGUUUUCCCGCUCCAACAAGUCUAAGACGCAAAUCGAGACGCUCUCCAGAAUUCAAGCCGCAUCAAAGGCUACAUCGGCGACAAACUCACCAGAGCUCAGCGUCUAUGCCACACCAGCCUCAGAGGCUCCUGCUGCCAUGUCGCCUCAGUCUGCAGCUAUUUCGGCUGACAGCGAUGCGGAUAUCUCGCCUAUCGCUUUCCGUACGGUUGACCUCCCGCCGAUGACGCAAAACUCGAGGCCAACCAACAGCUCCAAUGUCGGCGGAAGUACCGAUGCAAGCCGGCCUUCCAGUGUCGCCCCUCAGGAUUCGAUCGAGUCGAAGGCGGCAGCUCCCAAGAAGCGGCCCAUUCGUGCCUUGUUGCGCCGACUCAGCAGUUUCAGCGGCGAUAGCGCAAAAGCAGAAGCAAAGAAGGCAGCUAGGAAGAACAGUGCAAAGGCAAAUUCCCCUGACGUGGCGACUAUGCCUGUUGUUGACAUGGACACGAUCAAGCAACUCAGCGAGAACCCAAACUCCACUUUGGAGGACAUUAAGAUAGGAGACGACAAGGUUGAGGUUGCGAAACCUGACGUGGAAACCGUAGAGGCAGAAGGCUUGGCGUCACGCCUCGAGGGCCUCGACCUGUCUAAGGCGUCGCCAGUGCCUGUGAACGAAGAGAUGUCUAAAAACGGCUUCGGAACUGGAAGUGCCUACAAGCUUAGUUCCAGCACCAGCAACCCGGACACGGACACUAAGCAGGCCAAGCCGACCACGGUUGCCGAGGAUGUAGUUGGUACCGCCCCCACUUCAACCGCCACAAAAGUAGCCGCAACCGAGAACUCAAACACGAGCACAGAGGAAGAAGCCGAAGGCCAAAUUGGCAGAACCGACUCUCAAACGCCGUCGUCCGAAGAUUCCUUUUUCCUUGGCGCCAGCAGCAGUCGACCAGGGAGCGGUGCAGGAGGGUUGAUGAAACACGGGAGUGAAAGCGCCAUAAGCGAGGAGCUUCACACUCCCGAUCCUUCCACCGCCCACUUGCCAGCUUCCAUGGCGGGAUUGGGAGGAAAGAAGGACGUGGACCCGGUGGUGACCAGCAUCCCUACUGAUGCUGAGCAGCCCGUUGCGCUAAUCUAA